CAGCGCCGCCCGCGGCGGGAAGGGCCGCUGACGGGGUGGGGUCGCUCGCCUCUCCCCGCGCGGCCUCUCCCCCGCCCGGCUCGCGGUCGCGCUCCCGCCUCGGGGUGGCCGCGGGGCCGCGGGCUCGGGCUCCGGCCGCCAUGGGCAACAAGCAGACCAUCUUCACCGAGGAGCAGCUGGACAACUACCAGGACUGCACCUUCUUCAAUAAGAAGGAUAUCCUCAAGCUCCAUGCACGGUUCUACGAGCUGGCUCCCAACCUCGUCCCGAUGGACUACCGGAAGAGCCCCAUCGUCCACGUGCCCAUGAGCCUCAUCAUCCAGAUGCCGGAGCUCCGGGAGAACCCCUUCAAGGAAAGGAUCGUAGAGGCUUUUUCUGAGGAUGGCGAGGGGAACCUUACCUUCAAUGACUUUGUGGACAUGUUCUCCGUGCUGUGUGAGUCAGCACCCCGAGAGCUCAAGGCAAACUAUGCCUUCAAGAUCUACGACUUCAACACAGACAACUUCAUCUGCAAGGAGGACUUGGAGCGCACGCUGGCACGGCUCACUAAGUCGGAGCUAGAUGAGGAUGAGGUGGUGCUUGUGUGUGACAAGGUCAUUGAGGAGGCGGACCUGGAUGGGGACGGCAAGCUGGGCUUCGCGGACUUUGAGGACAUGAUCGCCAAGGCCCCUGACUUCCUCAGCACCUUCCACAUCCGGAUCUGAGGACACCACCAGGGCAUGAGGGCCCCAAAGCCGACCGCCUGGCUCUGUUGUCUACGCAAGUGUGACCUCCAUGCUGCCCAGAAAGAGGCUGCAGCCUCUGGGGUUGUACCCACCAACAUUUCCUUGGCCCUUUGAGCAAAAAAUCCUUAACCAGGGAAGGGGGAUGUGGGGAGCAGGGCCCCUCCCAGGCCCUCCAUCUGUGCCCCUGAGCCCCCAGACCCCGGUCCUCUCCCUGUCAGGAAGGGCCCCACUGGGAGGAAAGGCAGAGACAUUAUGGGGCAGGGGACACAGACGUGUCCCGAGUGCUGGGCAGGCGUCCCGGGUUGCCCAGGGCAAAGUGAAAAGGGAAAGAGGACAAGAUUUUAUGAGCUAUGCAGUCUUCCAAAACCCACAGCUGGGCUGCACCCCAACCCCCCCAAUGUGAAGCUGGGAGGAUGGUGGGCCCAGGGCUCUGCUCUGUCCCUGUCCCUGGCUCUGAGCCCUGGGCACCCCACCCCCUGCUCUCCUGAGAUGUGGAAUUUUCACUGGUGCGUCCUACCCACACAUGUGAAUUCCCAGUAGUAAAGCACUUUGAUGUCCCCA